CGCUCUCCGUUGCCGGGUGCCGCCCGGCGCGGCCGGGCCCUGCCUGUUCUCAGGACCUGCCCCGGGCGGCCUGGCGGGCAUGGAGCGGCUGCAGGUGGAUGCACAGGCCCUGGAGGAGUACGCGGAGUACCGGCGAAUUGUAGGUGAUGAUGAUGGAGGAAAGCUCUUUACUCCUGAGGAAUACGAGGAGUACAAAAGAAAAGUGUUACCAGCUCGGCUACAGAACAGGUUGUAUGUGAGCUGGAGAUCACCAACUGGCAUGGACUGUAAGCUUGUGGGACCAGAGACACUGUGCUUUUGCACUCACCGGUAUAAACAGCACAAAACAGACUACAAGGUGCUUCCCAAGGAGCGCCCUAUCAGUGUGCCUUGCAGGGUGAAGGGCUGCCCAUGCCAGUCCUACCACUUUGUGCCCCUGAACGGCACCCAGCCCGUCCGCUGCCGCUGCAAACACUUCCCUGACCAGCACAGCGCCGCGCCCGGCUUUCCCUGCAACUCCUGUUCCAAGUGUUCAGGCUUUCAUAGCAGCUUUACCUGUGCGUGUGGUCAGCCAGCAUACGCUCACGAAACCGUUGUGGAAACCAAAGAGGAGCGCUUAGCCCAAGGAAAGCCCGUGGGGCAGGAUGUUCCUUAUGCUGCCAUGGGAGGACUGACUGGUUUUAGCUCUCUAGCAGAAGGCUACAUGAGGCUUGAUGACAGUGGAAUAGGUGCUCCUUCUGCUGAACUUUUAGAAGCCCCCAUUACUAGCAUGGAUCACCCAUUUCUAAAAGCAUUUCAGGGGCCUUCGAGUUCCCCUCAAUCCAUGCCACAAAUAGCAGGUAGCUCAAGUGCCACAGGGCAAGUUUCUCACAGAAAACAAUCAGAAGCUGAUGACAUGGCUUACUUUGAAAAACGCUAUCAAGAACGGCUGAAAAUGGAGAAGGCUGCUAAAAGGAAAGAGAGGAAUCCAGUGCCGUCAAAGAAGCCAUGAGAUUAAUAAAUAAAUAUUUAUUAUUUGGCACAUUGGUCAUUAUUGCAUUGAGUAUUUUUCUCUGUGCCUACCUGCAUACCUGUAUUUAUUCAUUUAUUUAUUCUGUUGUUUUGUUCCUUUGCCAAAAUUAAUUUUCAAUUGUUUCAUUGUAAUAAAAUUGGUUCUUUAAUCAAUGUGUUUCUAAUCUCCAGAACUGUUACACAGAUAUUUCUUUGAAAAUGGAGAGGCAUAUUUAGAGAGCUGCAGGUGUGAGGGUUUUAAACUCUGAGAGUUUAAGGUCUGAGAGAAGAACCUUGUAUUUAAGUAUUAGGUUGUAGGAGGGCAAAGGAAAGAUAUGUCUUAUACUGAGACUUUUAUGAUACAGUUUCUUUAUUUGUAGAGUCCUUUAAACUUAUCUUAGUUAUGGAUUUUAUGUGGUGAGAUUUGUUCUGUUAAUAUUGAUAUUUUAAUAUUUUCUUUAAAUCUUUUUCCUCUUUCUGUUGAUUUCAUCUCCUUGACAUAAAAUUCAAACAUACCCUUCUUCUCUGACACUUCUGUAGCCUUCUGUCUGUUCUUGACAUCAUAUAACUUUUUUUUAAAAAAUAUGAUAUUCUGUACACUUGCAAACCCAUUUCCACACCUAUGAGCUACUUGAAGGGGUCUUGCUUGUAUACUUGAUCCCAGAUUUCUCUGGUGGUACUGUUCUCCCAGUACUGUUAGUCUGUUACUGUCCAUAACAAUUAUUACACUAAAAUUCUGAAAACCUUAAGUGGAAAUGGAUAUGUUAUUUAUAGCAAUAAUUGCAUGCUGUUUGGUACAAACUUAUUUAUCCAAGAGAUUCAUUAUGUCUAAUCCCACCCAGACUGAGUCACUUCAGGGAGAUGUGCUUUUGUAUUCUUUGUCCACAUUCACAGCUGUGGCAACAUAUGUUGUAUUAAAGGUAGUGGAAAGGAAAAUAUAAAAUUUAGUGGAUGUGUGGUGGUUUAGUUCUACAAAGCAGCACAGCACAAACUUGGUACAGAAUAACUGGCAGAAAGUGCAGCUUAGGAGGCAAAAGAAGAGCCUGAGUUAAGUGAUUGUGCUUUGAGAACAGAGAGGUGUAAGUCAGUUUGUUGUUAAAAAUACCUGGAGAUGUCUCUUGGACACCUUUGGAGGCUUUACAGGUGGUGUGUGUACUGAGACUUUACAGCAAGAACUGGGAGAAGCCCACAAAUCUUUGUUUCCCGUUGGAGAGAAUGCCUCCAUGUGCCUGAUGGGCAAAGGAAAAGGGGUGAGUUUGAAGGCAUUUACUGCAGGGCAGCUUGGGUUUUGUUCAGAUAUCACCUGUGGUGUGAAGGUUCAGCUUUAAGAGAGCCUUUUACCUUUAACUCUGACCUAUACUGCCAUUACUGCAGAUGCCAAUCAGAGAGACUAAUCUGUUAAUUUAAUUUAAAUGCAUAAUGCAUCAAACUCUCUAAUUAAUGUUUUAAAAGUACCUUUACUGUUAAAUUCUACAGUAACAAGCUGUUAUAGCCUAAUAAAUCAAAGUACUAAUUUGAGCUCCCUCUUCUGGCCCUGGCAAGCAAUCUAUUCUACACAUCCUCUGCUUGGUCUGAAAAUAAAUGGGGUUUUCACAAUGUAAUCACAAGAAACCAACAAAUACAAAUGACAUUAAUAAAGAAAAGUUUAAAAAAAUACAGAAAAAAUAUUUACAUUUUUCAAAAAGAUUAUUACAAACAUCAUAGUAGAAGUUUACUCUAGUUUCCUACUUAUCCCUGUUACUACACCCAUUGGGGAAUGCAGCUCUGGAAAUCUGGUUUUUUUUGUGUGUGUGUGUGUGUGUGUUGCAGAAGUCAGCUUCCUCACAGCAAAAUAUUGUUAAAGAGAGAGGUUGCAAAUAGUUACAAAAACUUUUAUUUUUUGUUUCCUUUUGAUACUGGGAGCAUACAUUCUAGGAAGUAAUGUAUUGUUUUAAAUUUUGAGUUGACAAUAUUUGUCUGUUUUAAAUGUUAGCUCUACCAAAUUCAGACCUACUAAA